AUGUUUCCAGCGCGUCUUCUUCCUCGCUCCUCCCCUCGUUCCUUCAUCUCCCUUGUUGCUCGCAAAAUGUCCACUGAAGCUGUUAUUGUUGCUGCCUCGCGUACGGCUGUCGGCUCGCUUAACGGAGCCUUGAAGUCGUUCACUGCCCCUCAGCUCGGUGCCGUAGCACUCAAGCAUGCCUUCGAAACAUCAGGCGUCGACCCCGCUGUUGCCGAGGAGAUCUACUUUGGAAACGUUGUCCAAGCUGGUGUUGGUCAAUCCCCCGCUCGCCAGGUCGCUCUCGCUUCCGGCAUGAAGACAAGUUCCGAUGCCACCACGAUAAACAAGGUCUGCGCUAGCGGAAUGAAGUCCAUCAUACUGGCUGCUCAGAGCAUCCGUGCCGGUGACCGCAGUGUCGUUGUCGCCGGAGGAAUGGAGAGUAUGAGCAAUGCUCCCUUCCUGCUUCCCCGGCAGAACCCCCUCUUUGGCAAGUUUGAGGUUAGAGACUCGGUGGAGAACGACGGUCUCUGGGAUGUCUACAACAACUUCGCCAUGGGCAACUGUGGCGAGUCAGCUGGCGAGAAGUUCGGGAUCACCCGUGAAUCACAGGACGCGCAUGCCAUUGAGUCGUACAAGCGAGCGGAACGUGCAUGGAAGGCAGGCGUGUUCGAUGCUGAGAUCGCACCGAUAACGAUCAAGGGCAAGAAGGGUGAUACCAUCUUCAAGGAGGAUGAGGAAUACAAGCGUGUCAUCUACGAGAAGGUGCCGUCGCUCAAGUCGGCCUUCAAGCAGGGUGGAUCCAUCACCGCUGCCAACUCUUCCAACCUCAACGAUGGUGCCUCUGCUCUCAUCCUCAUGUCUGCUGAAAAGGCGAAGGAACUCGGCAUAAAGCCCCUCGCUAAAGUCAUCUCAUAUGCCGAUGCUGGUGUCGAACCCAUCGAUUUCCCUGUCGCUCCCACAGUUGCCCUCCCCAUCGCCCUCCAAAAAGCCAACCUCACAGUCGACGACAUCUCACUAUUUGAGAUCAACGAGGCUUUCUCGGUAGUCGUUCGCAUUGCUGAGAAGGUUCUCGGCGUUGAUCCAGCGAAGGUGAACGUUAACGGUGGCGCUGUCGCUCUCGGCCAUGCCAUCGGCAACUCAGGAUCCCGUAUCAUCGUCUCUCUUGUCCACGCCUUGAAGUCCGGCGAGUACGGCGCUGCAGGUAUCUGCAAUGGGGGUGGCGCUGCAUCGGCGCUGGUUAUUCAGAAGUUGUAA